AUGCGUUCUUUCGCUCUUCCGCUCUCUGCGCUGGUCUCGGGUACAUUUGCGACCUACUCGGAUGCACUGCAGAACAUUCUCAUGAACACGGAUAAGACGGACAAAUAUCACUAUCCUACCGACUUCACGCGCGAAAUCCUUCCAAAGCCGUUUCACAGCCACAAUGAUUACUGGCGCGAUGUGCCGUUCUACACUGGCUUGUCUUAUGGGGCCAUCUCAACUGAAGCAGAUGUUUGGCUGAUCAAUGAAACGAUAUAUAUGAACCAGGUCGGCCACGAACCCUCUGCCCUAACCACCUCCCGUACCCUCUCAUCUCUCUACAUCGAGCCCCUCCUCUCCACGCUCGCCCGGCUCAACCCCUCCACGCCCUUCACCCAAGAAGGCGAGCAAAACGGCGUCUUCGAUACCUCCUCCGCGCAAACCCUCUACUUCUUCAUCGACCUCAAAACUGGGUCGUCAGAGACCUGGCCUGCCGUGCUCGCCGCGCUCGAGCCCCUGCGCCGGGGAAACUGGCUCACGACGUACGAUGGAACAGAGCUGUUUAAGCGGCCGGUGACGGUGGUAGGCACGGGAAAUACGCAAUAUCACGAUGUGCUUGCAUACUUACCGCGCGAUGUAUUCUUCGACGCGCCCCUAUCUUCUCUUUCUUCAGAUGAAUUCAAGAACAUCACUGCCAACGAAGCGCCCAUUGCAAGCACGAAUUUCGCCGCGAGUUUUGGAGACGUCAGGAGGAGGGAGAUGAACGACACGCAGCUAGAGUUGCUGCGUGAGCAGGUUGGGGCGGCGCAUGAGAGGGGCGUUAUGGCGAGGUAUUGGAAUCAGCCGGCGUGGCCGGUGGGGACGCGGAAUGCGAUUUGGAGGACGUUGUGGGAUGAAGGGGUGGAUUUGUUGAAUGUGGAUGAUUUGAAAGGGUGUAGUGAGUUUUGGGAGGGGGGUGGGUAG